AUGGUUGCUUCACCUCUGUUCACCGGAAUAGAGGUGGCCAAAACGAAUGAACAUAUCGAGGCCAAACACGUCGCGCGACAGGCGGAGGUUUGUCGUCAUCUCUACCCGUCCAACGAUGUCCAAAUCCAAGCGAUUGCGGGAGGAAUCGCCAUCAAGACUCUGCCCGAAUUUCUGGGAAAGUUGAACCGGAUUGUCGGCCUUGGAAUGGACAGCAAGGUCGAGGAGCAAGAUUUGCGCGACGCUGAAACUCUACUCAAACCCAUCGGGCUCGAACCUGAAAUCCACCUCUGUGCGCUGGCACAUCCAUCCGCACUGCGAUCUCUCGACUCGUGUGGAUACGUCAUAAGACAUGUCCUGAAUACCUACGCGUGUUCCCCAGGUGAUGUAGCUGCACACCAGCGUCGCACAGCAGUGGAGGACGCGGUCACUAUAUCCCGAGUCACCGAGGAUGAGACAAAAAAGUUCCUUCAGGCUUCAGUUGCGGGAUUCGAAGAUGGAGGCCGAUCACCGGAUCUUCUUCGAUUCCUUGCACGCCUUGCAGCUGACAGGAACGAUACCUAUCUAUAUUUCGCGACGGUCGGCCACGAGAUUGCCGGCACCGCCGCCAUGGCCGUCAUCGACUCGCCCAACGGAGGCGUAGCACACCUGUAUCUGGAUAGCAGCCUCCCUCGACAUCGUGGGAAAGGGGUUCAUGCCACUCUCAUUCGCGCCCGAGUGCUCGAAGCACAUCAACUUGGGUUGGAUCUGGCCACGAUGACGACGAGUGCUGGAAGCGGCAGUGCGCGAAGUGCCGAGAGAGCAGGGUUUCGACUUGCUUAUACGAAAGGAAUCUUCACGAAGCGAAUUUGA